GCGGUUCAGUUGUUGUCAUUGUUUAUUUUCCCUUGGCGAUGGAAGAACUGUUGGCCUUUGCCGCCUCAGUCACUGCCAGUACCUCGAGCACUUGCUGGCAGAAUUAAAUUGGUCUUGUUUGUGAUCUAUCAACAUGGCAUUCCGUGGAACUGAAAGUCCCAUGGAUUUUGAAUGGCAAGGUCACGGUCCAGUCGAUCCUACAUCACCCUUUCACAGACACAUCAUGGAGGCACAAGCGAAGAAACGCACUCACAGCGAGUUCGACUCGCCAAAGAAAUCGGCCCUGCCGUCGUUACGUGCACCAAACAACCAACCAUUCUUCUUCUCAAACGCACCAUCAACAACACCUUCCGCCUCUCCCUUUCGUAACUCAUCAUUCACGACACCCCGAAAACCGUUCGACAUCGAUUUCUCCUCCGGACCUGAAAAUUCUUCGCCGCUCGAACAGACCGAUAAUGAAGACACUCCAGAUGCAAAAUCGAUACCGAUCGAAUUUAAAGCUAGUCCGCAGAGGAUGGAGAGUACGAGAAGCUCGUUGUUUGGUCUGUACGACAAAUUCGCACCCAGCCCUGGUCGCGGAGAAAUUCGGAAGCCUCAUGGCGACUUGAUGGCCAGACGAAUACACAAGAAGCGUCGUAGAGCGCAGAAGUUCGACAAACAGUUAAUGUUGAGGACAAGAGACACUGCGGAUGACAGUGAGGACGAUUCGACACCCAGCCCAGCAGAACCACAAAAGCCCAAGGUGGAGGAAGUUGGAUGGAUUACUGGUCUAUUCACAUUCAUUCAUACCUACCCGGAUGCGCCCUCGAUCAUCGCGAAAUACCUGCAGGUCUUCUUCAACGCUGCAAUCCUGGGCGGAUGUCUCUAUAUGUUCUGGUCAUUCUAUGCCACGAUACGGGCGGAUGUUGAUCGGGCGAGUGAAGAUGCCAUGGCGGAAGUUUUGGCUGAGAUGGCGGCAUGCUCGAAGAACUACAUCGAUAACCGGUGUGCAGCCGACACCAGACUACCCGCUCUCGAGACGGUGUGCAGUAACUGGGAAUUGUGCAUGAAUCGAGAUCCUAGCUCGGUCAAGCGCGCGAGGUUGAGUGCACACACCUUUGCCGAAAUCUUCAACAGCUUCGUCGAGCCGAUCAGCCUGAAGACCAUGAUUUUUACCAUUACACUGGUAGUCGUAGGGUUGGUAGUCAACAACGCUACCUUUACGCUGUACCGAAGACAACAAGAAAACCACAACACGAGUAUGUAUCGACCUCCAUCUGGUUCGUACAUGCACCCUGGACAGCAGAAUGGCCAUAUGGGGCAAUUCGCUAUAUCGCCAGUUAUGCCCUAUGGCCAACCAUAUGUGGGCUGGCACGGUGAACAGUCGUAUGGUGGUCAACAACAACAAAUAGAAUAUCAGCGAAGUCCCAGCAAAGAGCGUCGAGCACGGAGCAGGAGUCCAUCGAAGAAAUUUGUGGCUUGAGUAUCAUGAUGAAUUGGAAGCGAUUGGAGUU